AACGAUAGCAGGAAUAUGGCAUAAUGGUCUUGACACAAUACUUCAACUCUCUUUCCUUCUACAACCAUUCUUGCUGAUAGCUGGAGUUUCAACUCAUCAUUAUCUCUUCUCUUCCCACUACCAACAGAGUAAUGCCACCAUGUACAAGAGUGUCGGCUCUCGAGAACCUCAUUUCGCUAAAUUUCCCCCAAAAGUCGAAGGGCCGUCAGAACUACACAGCGAAAUACCCGCUUAGACGACAACAUUAAGAGGGAUCGAAAGAGAGUCAAAGUACAACGUCGUAUCCCGCGGGGUUCUGAUCAGCUGGUGCAGAUGUGGAAUCGACUUUGUUGCAGAGUCACGGACGUUUCGCUCUCUGAAUUCGAGUGCGAGUGUGUUGAGUGGUAGAGAAGUGAGAAGACAGGACAGCUUUUCCAGAGAACCAUAGCGCAGAAGUAUCAUGUCAUCUUUUGAAGCUCGGAGCAAACAAUCUUCACUUAAAAAGCAAAAGCGGAGUAAGAGACAAGCGUUCAUGGAGCUCUUUACAACAAGCCCUCUUGGUCUUGGGAUUCGGUCUGGUGCAGGCGACCGGGGCCACGGGGUGCAAUCCAAGUUCAGGUCACAACUCCUGAAAGAUUAUAACGGCUUGAAUGAUAAUAAGGACGCUUGAUGCCCCAUCCUGGGGGUCCAUAUGGACGCGGAUAAUGUCACGGCAUCACACCUGUUUGCGUACAAACACGGCCAAGAAGCUAUGGAUGAUGUCUUUGGCAAGAGACACCCAGCAUGACUUUUUUU